CAGCAGUGUACAUGUUUUUGUAGCGAUAGGCCACUUCGCAUUUCGUAUCUCGUGAUUUUCACCGAUUUUACCGACGAAACUUUUAGUUUUUGGACUUAAAAUGUCAAUGUUAUGUGUGUAGUGUCGCCCAUUCAAAGUGAAUAAUGACACAGUUCCUACCUCCCAAUCUCCUGGCGCUCUUUGCGCCUCGAGAUCCUAUCCCAUUUUUGCCACCCCCUUGCAAGCUUCCUCAUGAGAAGAAGACUAGAGGCUACACGGGCAUCGCCGAAUUUGUUAAAUUUUUCGAGGAUCCGUCUGAAACACCUCCUCCUGUUAAAGUUGAAACUCGAGAGGAAAGGUUAGAAAGGCGCAGGAGGGAAAGGGCAGAACAAGUAGCCUACAAAUUAGAACAAGAAAUAGCCAUUUGGGAUCCUUACACCAAUGGGCAAGCCACAACUGAUCCUUUCAAAACUUUAUUUGUAGCAAGAAUUAAUUAUGACACUUCAGAGUCAAAACUCAGGAGAGAAUUUGAAAUUUACGGACCCAUUAAAAAGAUUGUUGUUGUCCACAAUACUGUCAAUGGAAAGCCUCGAGGGUAUGCAUUUAUUGAGUAUGAACAUGAAAGGGACAUGCAUGCUGCGUACAAAAAUGCGGAUGGAAAGAAAAUAGACGGGAAACGAGUCUUGGUGGAUGUCGAACGAGCGCGAACUGUUAAAGGAUGGCUGCCUCGUCGUUUAGGUGGAGGCCUUGGGGGAACUCGUCGUGGAGGUCCGGAUGUUAAUCUAAAACACUCUGGUCGAGAAGACAAUGAAAGGGAACGCGAACGAUACCGCCUUGAGCGAGAAAGAGAAAUGGCAGGUGGUGAUCGACGGGUUGACCGCGAUCGUCGGCGGAGUAGAUCGCGCGAUAGAGGAGAUAGAGACCGCAGGGAUCGCGAUCGUGAUAGGGACCGUGAUCGCGAACGCAGGAGACGCUCGAGAAGUCGCUCUCGAGAUCGUAGAAGGCAUAGGAGCAGAGAACGCAUUCGAGACCCUGAUAUUGAAGAAAUUGAGGAAAGACCCAGAGACCGUGAUCGUGACCGUGAUAGGAAACGCAGGCGCAGUCGGUCGAAAGAUAGGGAUCGUAAACGUGACCGCAAGGACAGAGACAGGGACCGUGAUAGGGAUAAGGACAAAGAUAGGGAAAGGAAAAUUAAGAGAGAAGAUGGUGAAGCCGAAGAAAAAGUCCACAUCAAGCUUGAACCUCCUGAUGACUACCCUGACUAUCCGAAUUACAACGAUGAAGAAUACAAGAAUGUGGAAGUCAAAUAUGAGAAAGAAGAUGAAUUUGCACACAGCAAUGGAAAUUAUGAAGGAGAAGAUGAGUAAACUGUUUAAGCUUUAAAUUUAUCUGUGCAGGCCAGAUCAGUCUCUGUGUGGAUUGUUCAGUCAAGUGUAUAUAGUCAUUUGUAUAAAUAAGAAUUACGACCCCUCGCACUUUCUUCCCUCAAAAAGUUUUUACAAAUAUUCGUGGUUUCUGAGCAAUGAUUGUGAUUUUUCUCGGAAAUCCGUGUCGGAUAGAACUUUCAAAGUAAUGACUCAAAUUGAAGUAUUAAAGACAGAAUUAGAGUUAAAGAGGUUUUUAUUUCUUUUCUUUUUUUUUUUUUUUUUUAAUCAAAAUCAAUAAGCUCGAUCAUUAAUUUUUAGAUCUUGUAUUUUUGAAAAAUAGGUAAUGCACUUGGUUCAAACAAAUUUUCUAGGAUGGUUUUUUAAGAUAUUAAUGCAUGAAUAACGAGUUGAAGAUAUUUUCUUUGAGCUCUCAUUUAAAGAAGCAUCAAGGAGGGUGUGACCCAAGUGGACCGCUUACUUUUCAUAAAUGCCAAAGUUAAAAAUUACUGAACACGAGCAUUCCAAAGAUAAUUUAACAAUCAUUUUUCUCAAAUGCAAUUAACGUUUAAAAUAUUUGUCAUCCAUUUGUAACCAAGGAUUGUGUUGAACUUGAGGCAAAGCAAAGCCAAAAGAUUAAAAAAGUUAGGCACUCUCAGGUUUAUUUUGGUUUAUUUUGAUCCAUUUUUAGCUGUAAGUCUUACCAACAAAGAUGAAUCUGUAAGAACCUAAGCAGAAAUUUAUUUGGUUUUCUCAGAAAA